AUGGAGAUCGAGAAGAUAGUUCUGGAUUCCGGGGCCGACUAUCUGCACCUGGAUGUAAUGGACGGGCAUUUUGUUCCCAAUAUCACUUUUGGUCACCCUGUGGUAGAAAGCCUUCGAAAGCAGCUAGGCCAAGACCCUUUCUUUGACAUGCACAUGAUGGUUUCUAGACCAGAACAGUGGGUAAAACCAAUGGCUAUAGCAGGAGCAAAUCAAUAUACCUUUCAUCUGGAAGCUACUGAGAACCCUGGAGCACUGAUUAAAGAUAUUCGAGAGAAUGGGAUGAAGGUUGGUCUUGCUAUUAAACCGGGCACUACGGUUGAAUAUUUGGCACCAUGGGCCAAUCAGAUAGAUAUGGCCUUAGUCAUGACGGUGGAACCUGGCUUUGGAGGGCAAAAGUUCAUGGAAGACAUGAUGCCAAAGGUUCAUUGGUUGAGGACCCAGUUCCCCUCUCUGGAUAUUGAGGUAGAUGGUGGAGUAGGUCCUGACACAAUUCACAAAUGUGCAGAGGCAGGAGCUAAUAUGAUUGUAUCUGGCAGUGCUAUCAUGAGGAGCGAAGACCCCAGAUCUGUCAUCAAUCUCCUGAGAAAUGUUUGUUCAGAAGCUGCUCAGAAACGCUCUCUGGAUAGAUGAAAUUUCCAGGCAACUUUCCUCCUGUGCCCAGCCCACCUCCUCAAAGACCAGAUUAUUCAGCCUCAUUUUCACCUGGUGCACAAGAACACAAGGAGCUCAAGAAUCAUGCUGCUGCAGAGGUGGGGCCACUGCCUGUCCUGAGCAGUUAAGUCUUCAUCUUGUUGACUUCAGCAUACAUACAGAUAUGCCGAGGCCAAGAAUGGAAAUAGGUGCAUAUGUGAUAAUUACUAGGUUUUUAAAGAGAUGGGAAUUAAAUUUUUAUGUGGCCAAAAGUAGUUUUUACUCGAAGACUUGAUCUUAAAAAAAAGGAAUAUAUUAUGUUGCCUUGACUUAAGGUUCUGUCUCAGAGGCAGAAGAAAAAAACAGCAGCUGCUAACUAUAAAAGGACU